AGGAAGUGUGCAGUGAUUUGGGAUUGGGCCGGUAGAGUUUCUAUUUUCCGUGCGCUUGGGCGAAGAUGGCGCAGGCUCUGUCAGAAGAGGAGUUUCACCGAAUGCAGGCUCAGCUUCUGGAGCUGCGAACGCAGAACUACCAGCUCUCAGAUGACCUGCGAAAGAACACUGCAGAGCUCACCAACGUCCGCCAGAAGACCUUGACCUUGGAGAAAGAUUACCUCAAAGCACAAAAGGCACUUAAUAAGAGCAAGAAAGCGCAGGAGGUCGAUGCGUUACUGAGUGAAAAUGAGAUGCUUCAGGGAAAACUGCACAGCCAGGAGGAUGAUUUCAGACUGCAGAACAGCACUCUCAUGCAAGAGCUGUCCAAGUUAUGUUCCCAGAUUGAGCAGUUGGAAACUGAGAAUCAGGGCUUGAGAGAGGGGAGGGGCCUCCAAGUUGAUGCUCCGAGCCCUGUAUCCGGCCCAACGGAUGGAGAGCUUCUGCGCCUACAAGCUGAAAACUCCGCCCUGCAGAAAAAACUGGCAGCUCUUCAGGACAGCGAGCAAAUCCGCCUGCGUGGACUGGACGUGAGUGACGGGAAAGAGGUAGCUAUCGAGGGACAGGCUGAUGCUAAUGGUCUCGACCAGCUGCACGCAGAUGCUGCUCGCUCUGGCGAUGACGCAACAGCAGCUUCAGCCAGUGACAGAUCUGAGCAGGUAAAAAUUGUCAGUCUGGAGCAAAAAGUAAACGAGCUGAGCGAGGUGGAGCUGAAGCUUCAGACAGAGCUGGAGGAGAAGAGAUUGCUAAAAGUGCAGCUACAGGCACUGGAGACAUCCAAACAAGCUGAACUGGUGAAACUUUUGGAGGAGAAUGCGAAGCUCAUGGAUAAGUUGAAGAAGAAACAGGAGAGCUUCCUGCAGCUCCAGGGAGAAAAAGAGGCUCUCUACCAUGACAGCAGGACGAAAAUAGACGAGAUUCAGCAGCGCAAAGAGGAGGAGCUCAAAUCCAUAAACCUGCGUGUGCAGAAACUACAGUCAGAUUUAAUUAACGCUAAUCAGAAUGUUGCUGAACUAAAGGAGCAGUUGCAGAGCAAGCAGAAAGAGCAUGAGGUUGCCCUUCUAGCACUAAAAGAUCAGCUACAGGUAGCGUGUCAGAGUGCGGUCAGUCAGGAGCAGGUGGAGGGCAUGCUGACUGAGAACGAUGCUCUCAGGACUAACCUAGCCGCCCUAGAACAGAUCCAGACGGUGAAGACUCAGGAGAUGAACCUCCUCAGGGAGCAGAACAUGGCGCUGAAUGUGGAACUGCAGCAGAGACGCAGUGAGCAGGAGAGCUUUCUGGCACAGAAAGAUGACCUCAGCUCUCAGCUACAGGAGUCAAAUCGAGCCAGUAGUAGACUAUUGGAGCAGAUCUCUGAGCUGGGUCUGGAGAAGGAUAAACUACAGCAAGAUUUAGAAGAAGCCAAAAAGACAGCAGACAAACGCAAAGCCAUGCUGGAUGAGUUGGCCAUUGAGACGGCACAGGAGAAGUCACGGCACAAGGAGGAGCUGAGCGACGUGCGACUCCAGCACGAGAAGGAGGUGCUGAGCAUCCGAGCACGCUAUGAGAAAGAACUCCGCGGCCUCCAUGAAGAAAAGAGUCGUGCCGAGGAGGAGAUCCGCGCCCAGCUACGAGACGAGAAGGCUCGCAAUAAGGAGCUGGAGGGUCUGCAGCAGAUUGUAGAUGAUCUGCAGGCUCAGGUGCAAUCGAUGGAGGGAACCAAAGGAUGGUUCGAGCGCAGGCUCAAAGAGGCCGAGGAGACUUUAGAGAAGAACCGACUGGAACACACAGGAGAGAUCGAGAAACUGCAGAGAGAACAAGCCCUCCAGCUUAAGGAAAAAUCGCGAGAGCUCGAGGCCUUGAUGCAGCAGAUCACCGCCAUGGACAAGGAGAGAGAAGAUUUUAAUAACACCGUCACUAAACUCAAACAGGAGAUUAGAGACACUGUAGAUGAACAGCGGAUCCUGGAGAAGAAAGGCAGUUCAGCACUGAAAGACCUGAAGCGGCAGCUCCACCUGGAGCGCAAAAGAGCAGACAAGUUGCAGGAGAGGCUUCAGGAAAUCCUGACCAACUCCAAGACCAGGACAGGUCUGGAGGAGCUGGUGUUGUCUGAAAUCAGUUCUCCGUCUCGGACGCAGCAGACGGGAGACAGCAGCAGCGUUUCCUCCUUCAGUUACAGGGAGAUGAUGAAGGAAGGAGCUUCGGCACAGACCACCAAUAAGUCGAACACGGGCAGUCCUCAAUCCCAGAGACCAGCAGACCUUUCUGACGACGAGGUCAACGAACUUUUCCAGAGGCUGGCUGAGGUGCAGCAGGAAAAGUGGCUCCUGGAGGAGAAGGUGAAACACUUGGAGGUCAGUUGCUCCUCUAUGGCAGAUGAUAUCUGCAAGAAAAGUGCCAUCAUAGAGACUUACGUCAUGGACAGCAGGAGAGAUGGAGGAGCAGCUACAUCUCAUGCUGGUCACCAAGGAGAACGGGGAGGUUUGGGCUCAGUGCUCAGGGAUCUGGUCAAACCUGGAGACGAGAACCUGCGGGAGAUGAACAAGAAGCUGCAGAACAUGCUGGAAGAGCAACUCACCAAGAACAUGCAUCUUCAGAAGGACCUGGAGAUGUUAUCUCAGGAGAUCGUGCGUUUGAGUAAAGGCACCGAUCCUGAUCCCAAGACCACGGGUUAAUAUAGAAUAAAAGGACCAUGCUGCACCUCUCCAGCCGAACGGCCGGUGGCUACAGAGGGAUGCUGCAUCUUCAUGACACACAGACCGAAGACUGGAUGGAAACAUACGUCCGCGCAGAGGAGGAAUGUGUGCGUGAUCGCUCGCAAGUCCUCCGCUGCUGAAUGUACUUAACACUGUAACACUUUACGUCUUUUUUUUUCCCUCUCUCUCUCUCUCUCUCUCUCUCCUUUAUGACGCUACAAAGAGCAGCUUCAUAGCUUCCACAGAAACGCUUUUACGUCCCCAAACCCCGACCAGGAGGGAGGGAGGUUCUCCUUUAUAUGGACGAGCAGCUUCCUGUUCGUGUCACGUGUAAAUAUGAAAAUAGACGUAAAAACGAGGCGUAUAUUAGUUCCGGAUGGUUAUUAUGGGAUGUAUAGUAAUAGCAGGCGGGGUUCAUUACGUCUUACCGUUUACAGACACGUGAGCUCACGUAAUAAGGGCCGAUAAUUGCUGGAGCGUUUUUGCACGUCUAUGAAGUAAACCGACCCACAGCCCCGUGCCGAUUUCUCAGUAACCUCCCACCCAUCGCUUCUCCGCCUCGCCGCCGCUCGUCCUUUGAUCCGCGUUUCGUCUCGCGGGAGAGUCCUCACUAUUCUCAGCCAGAUCAAACGUUAAGACGCCAUUCCGCUUCCACGUCUCAAAGCUUGUGAACGGAACAGACAUUUUCUGUGGAAUCGAUCUUUUUUUGUUUGUUUGCGGGACACUACAGUGCGGUUUGAGCCGAGCUCAACGUUACGCUCUUUUAAAAGAAUUGCGACUGCGGCAGGUUUUCCUGCGUAUGUCCACGUCUUUCUCGCUUGCGUCGGCGUCUUCGGCGACACGUUUCUUAUUUUGCUCAUUCUAUUUAAACACGUCGAUUCCUUGUGAAUUGUUUUUCUUUUACUCACUAAAAUCAUGAAAAAAAAACUAAAAAAAGAAGCAAUGCUGUGAGGAGGGUCUUUUUUUUUUUUUCUUUUUUUUUUUUACAGUAUAUCAGAGAAACACUGCUGCAACUUUUCUCCUCCGUCUCUGUCCACUGCAUGUUCUACUCCGUGUCCUCAAAACCCAUCUGAAUAGUAAAAAAGUUUGUGGACACCUGA